AUGUACGUCGUCAACCCACUGGAUAGAGACCGUUUUCAUCUACGAUUGCUACUCUUGCACAGAAGAGGCCCACGGUCUUUCCGAGACUUGAAGACGGUAAACGGGGUAGUGCAUGCCACAUACGCGGCCGCCGCCGUUGCGUUGGGAUUGUUGGAAGACGACGAAGCGUGGCGGGCGUGUAUGACAGAAUCAUCGGCGUUGGACACAGCCACUCAACUGCGUUAUCUAUACGUCACGAUACUAUUGUUUUGCCACCCCGCGGACCCCGCGGACCUGUACCGGCGGUUUGAAGUCAACAUGAUGGAAGACUUCAAUCGGCGCUUCCAAAACGUCGACCGCGCUAGGGCGGCGUGUCUCAAAGCAAUCAGAGACCUACUUCGUGCACGCGGAAAAUCACUCGACGACUACGGUCUACCCAGUCCAGACGAAGAUCUACUGGAACCGGAUCAAGACGACCCAAUGUUCGGUGCAAUAGACGCGGCCGUUGCCUGGCAACAGCGAUUGCGCGAAUUGAACGACGAACAACGAACGGUGUACGAUCGAGUGAUGGCAGCCGUCGAUGACAACCGCAACGUUCAGAAAAUGUUCUACGUCGACGGGCCAGGAGGAACGGGAAAAACGACGCUAUACGGAUGCCUAAUAUCGUCGCUUCGUAACAGACAACAAACGGUGUUGAGCGUGGCAUACACCGGGAUCGCCGCAUCCCUCAUGGAGGGCGGCAUGACGGUGCACUCGACUUUCGGAUUGCCAUUGGGAACGCUGACCGAACAAUCUACUUCGAGUAUCACCAUGCAGUCUUUGCGCGCGCAAAGGAUACGUGAAGCUUCGCUGAUUGUCUGGGACGAAGCGCCCAUGUCCCCGGGCCUACAAUUCACGGUGGUCGAUCGCUUGCUCAAGGACAUCAUGGGAUCGGCACUACCGUUUGGUGGUAAACCAAUACUGUUAGCUGGCGACUUCAGGCAGAUAUUGCCCGUCGUUCGCCGGGGGAACAGGAGCUCCAUCGUCAUGUCAUCUAUCAAACGCCACUCAUUGUGGAGAGAGUUUGAACAGUUUCGGCUGACCCGGAACAUGCGCGCCGACAACGACGCCGACUUCGCUGCUUGGCUACUUCGGCUCGGUAACGGUCAACUGCCGUCGGUCGACGGUAUUCCAGACACUGUCGACAUCCCACCGCAACUGGUUUGCGACGUUGUGGAUUUGACCGAUUUUGUCUAUCCGCAGCGAAUGUCGUUGGCCAACGUCGACGAGUUCGCUCGGAGAAUCAUACUGUGUCCCCGCAACGAGGAAUGCCAUCAAAUAAAUUCAACAGUGCUACGUCGCGUCACGGGCGCCCAAAGGACGUACUCAUCCAUAGACACAGUUGUGAUCGACGACGCCGACGAAGCGGCAAACUACCCGACAGAGUACCUCAACUCUCUGCAUCCGAACGGGCUACCGCCGCACAAGUUGACGCUUAGAGUCGGUUCGAUCGUCAUGUUACUGAGAAACAUUGAUCCGAAAAGACAACUUUGCAACGGGACGAGGUUGGUGGUCACUGAACUUCGGCCACACAACUUCAAGGCGAGGAAGUUGUCCAGCGCCGACGACGGGCAGGACGAUAUCAUCUUACCCGCCGUUGCGUUGACUUCCGGUGAGGAAGACGAUUUGCCUUUUCAAAUGAAGCGGAUUCAAUUCCCGGUACGGUUGUCGUUUGCCAUGACUAUCAACAAGUCUCAAGGUCAAACGUUCGACAGAGUCGGUUUGCUCCUGCCGUCACCCGCCUUCAGCCAUGGGCAGCUGUAUGUUGCGUUUUCAAGAGUGAGGGAUGCGCAAUCCGUCAGAGUCGGCAUGUACUGCGAUGGAAAUGGUCGAUUCGUCACCAAGAAUAUUGUGUACGCAGAAGUUCUCUGA